CCGUGACUGUGAAACAGGCCCCAACUAAAUCACAGAAAAUCCUAUUACUUCUCCCUUACACCACCCAAAAACUCCAAGCAAGAAAAUGUCUACUGUCAAGGUCAACGGAGCUAAGAACGGCGGCGAACGUGUUGUCCUCCCUGCUGGACAAGCUGCUUCCAAGUACUAUCCCGCUACUCGUGAGGCUGUCCGCAAGACCGUCCGCAAGGCUGUCAGACCCACGAAGCUUCGUCCCUCUUUGACCCCCGGUACCGUGUGCAUUGUUUUGGCUGGAAGAUUCCGUGGAAAGCGUGUCGUUGUUCUCGGUCAAUUGGAGGACACUCUCGUCAUCACUGGUCCUUACAAGAUCAACGGUGUCCCCCUCCGCCGUGUCAACCACCGCUACGUCAUCGCCACCUCGGCUCCCAAGAUUGACGUUUCUGGUGUCCCUGUUGAGAAGUUCACCAAGGCCUACUUUGCUAAGCAAAAGGCCAAGGGCCCCGUCAAGAAGGAUGAGGCUUUCUUCGCCGAGAGCGCCCCCAAGAAGGCCCUCCCUGCUGAGCGCAUCGCUGACCAAAAGGCCGUUGAUGCUAAGCUCUUGGCUUCCAUCAAGUCUAUCCCCAACAUGAAGGAGUAUCUUGCUGCUUCCUUCGCCCUCUCUAGCGGUGACCGCCCUCACUUGAUGAAGUUUUAGAUCAGUAGGCAAAUAAACGUUGCGUUGGCGUAGUAUGGCGAAAAACUGUGCGACUAAGGUUGAGCGGGGUUCAGGGGUGCGACGAA